AAACGAAAAGGUAGAACCGUCGGAGUAGCCAAGAAAUGGCGGGCGCGCACGGGCGGCGCCGCCGGGUGGCACUGCCGUGGCCGGUGAGGCUCAGGCUCUGCGUUUUCGAGGCCGCCAUUGACGCGACGCAGCGCCGAGACGGCAGCGUCAACCGUUUCCUCUUCUCCCUGUUCGACCGCCGGGCGCCGGCCGACCCGCGGCCGGACGCCGCCGGCGUCAGCUCGACGGACAUCACCGUCGACGCUUCGCGCGGCCUCUGGGCGCGCGUUUUCUACUCGCCGUCGCCGUCGCCGCGCCCCGUCGUCGUCUACUUCCACGGCGGCGGCUUCACGCUGUUCUCCGCGGCCUCCCGCGCCUACGACGCGCUCUGCCGCACGCUCUGCGCCGUCGUCGUGUCCGUCGACUACCGCCUCGCCCCCGAGCACCGGGCUCCCGCCGCGUACGACGACGGGGAGGCCGUCCUCCGCUACCUCGGCGCCACCGGCCUCCCCGACCACGUCGGCCCGGUCGACGUCUCCACCUGCUUCGUCGUCGGAGACAGCGCCGGCGGCAACAUCGCGCACCACGUGGCCCAGCGAUGGACGGCCACGGCGACGACGACGACGACGACGACCGAUAACCCCGUCGUCCACCUCGCCGGCGUGAUACUCAUACAGCCGUGCUUCAGCGGCGAGGAGCGGACGGAAUCCGAGCGCGCGCUCGACGGCGUGGCGCCGGUGCUGAACACGCGGCGGUCGGACCUGUCGUGGAAGGCGUUCCUGCCGGAGGGGGCCGACCGGAACCACCCGGCGGCGCACGUCGUCACCGGAGACGACGACGACGACGCCGAACUGCACGAGGCGUUCCCGCCGGCGAUGGUGGUCGUCGGGGGGCUCGACCCGCUGCAGGACUGGGACCGGCGGUACGCCGCCAUGCUGCGGCGGAAGGGGAAGGCGGCGCGGGUGGUGGAGUUCCCGGAGGCCAUCCACUCCUUCUACUUCUUCCCGGAGUUCCUCGCCGACGAUCACCGGAAGCUCGUUGGUGAAAUCAGGGCGUUCGUGGAAGAAUGCAUCACGUCCAAGCAGCCCACUGCUUAGUGACGAGGGCCUCAUCAUUUGACCUAUCGCUAUAAAAUUUUAAAUUUAAUUUCAAAGUUUUCUCAAUGUAGUUUUUUUUUAUUUAGCUUUUAAGUCGAUAAGUAAUGGAUAUAUAAAAAAAUUUCAUUAAUUA